AUGGAGGGAAUGCAUGGAAGUCAUGGAGGCCGACCGCUUCAAUCCUCCGCUUUCCAGGACAUGGACUCCCAUAUGAUGUCGGAUGACUUCUCCUUUGGUUCCCCCUUCAGUCCUACAGGUUCCACUGCUCAAGAUGGCAUGCUCAAUGACCCCAUCUUUCCUGAGUGGAGGAGUGGUGCCCCGCGCGGUGGCGAUAACCCCGACGAAUUGCAGCGGCAGGACCCCUUGGCCGCUCAGAUCUGGCGGCUUUACACCAAAACUAAAGCCAACUUGCCUAACCAGGAACGUAUGGAGAACUUGACCUGGCGGAUGAUGGCUAUGAGUUUGAAACGCAAGGAACGAGAACAGCUUCGGUCGUCGCAAGCCAAUCAACAUAUUACUAGUCCUACCCCGAGCGGGAUCGCGCAGUUGCAUUUGUCCGACCAGGCGUCGACAGAUAACUCGAACUCCAGCAUGAACCCCGAGUCCACCCCGGAUGCUAUGAACUUGGAUGACUUUAUCGUCCCCUUUGACUCCCCCGUCGAGUACUCGUCCCACUCCGCCGUUGACCGUCAGUUUACUGCGACACCGACCGCCUCUAUUCCGAUCAAAUCGCGCAAGGACCAGCCAGCCGAUCCGUCCGUUGCUGCGUCAUUCCCACACCCUGCCCAGGAGCAGCGCAAGAACAGCGAGUUCGGUUACGUCGCCCGUCGGGUUCGCAAGACCAGCGUCGAUGAGCGCCAAUUUUUCACUGGACUUGCAGUGCCCACGCGCAAACGCCCGGCCGAUGCAUCGCCCCAGGUGCCUCCCGUAUCAAACGCGAUGCUAGCGCAACAUUCUGAAUUGUCGGCUGCUGCUCUGCCAGAUUACUCCCUUGAUCACCACUCCCCAGCCGGUUUUUCCAUGCCGACCAAUGGGAUGGGUCCUCGGCGUCACCAUCACCAGCACACCGCGUCGGCUGGCCUGCCGUAUGGUCUAGACACCUUUAACGUGGGCGACGAGAGCGCGAUCAGCUCGGCAGGUCCUUACCAGCAGCACUUCACAUUCUCCCCCUCCGAUUCUCCUAUGACGGCUGGCAAUCCUUUCUCCAACUUGUACGCUCAGACCCCGCUUGCGUCGUCUCUUAACUCUACCGAGUUCUUCUCUCCCCCUCCGUCUGGGUAUCAGUCGGCUGUGUCAACGCCUCAGCCGAUCUAUGAGGGCGAGCAGUCAAUUUUCUUCUCCGAUGCGCCAUCGGCCGAUUCCCACAACCAGCGCCGCAUUCCAACAUAUCUGCAGCAGCAACGAUCCUCCAACUUGUCUGCAUCGCUGCAGCCUCGCCAGAUGUAUAACAGUAACAACGGGGAUUAUCAGUCCCCUGUUACUGGUCCGCCCACAACCAUGGGUUUCUCUGUCCCACAGCAGCACGUGGAUCCUACGCAGGUGUUAGGCCACGAGUAUUCCUCAACCGCACCCAACUCCAGCAUGUUUACAUUUGGUGGAGAUUCCGAUAAUGAGGACGAUGAUGGCCAGUCAUAUGAGCGAGGAGGCAUUGCAAUGCCCCAUGACUUUUCAUCCAUGGAUGAAACUGGCGACAUGAACGCGGGUCUGGCGUGGGACGCAGGCUUCCCAGGCUCUGUUCAAUCACUGCCUGGGUUCAAUGGCCAACAUCGCAAACACGUCACCAUUGGCUCAACCGACAUGAUGGACGGUCCAUCUGAAUGGCACCACGCGAGCCUCGGCCGUGGACAUGGCUCUGCAGCCUCCAUCAGUGAGGUUCGUAACCGGGAGCAAGAUCAUCGUCGUCAUCAAAAAAUUCCCCGCACGGCUUCGACUCCCAACGCUCCUGGUCUGCUGCGUCAGAGCAUGAACGGUACCGCCAGCGGUCCGCCGACGAACCACCCAUCACCUAAUACCCCUCCCGAAUCUGGUCUUAGCAGCGCUGUUCCCUCUCGACCGGCCAGUCCCGGUGGGUCUAAGAACGGUGACCCGAAUGCGGGGCCGACCACCUGUACAAACUGUUUCACUCAGACCACUCCACUGUGGCGUCGUAACCCCGAGGGCCAGCCCUUGUGCAAUGCUUGCGGUUUGUUCCUGAAACUCCAUGGCGUGGUUCGACCCUUGUCGCUCAAGACCGAUAUUAUCAAAAAGCGAAACCGCAGCAGUGCUAACAGCCUGGCUGUUGGUACCUCUCGCUCUUCCAAGAAGUCCUCUCGGAAGAACUCCAUUGUACACGCCCCGACUAGUGCUGUCGCCUCCCGCGCGCCGAGCAACAAUGCUUCUGAGUCACCGCCUGCUCUCCUGGGAUCCAGCCUCUCCAGCAAAUCCGGUGUGAUCCCUAUCGCCGCUGCACCGCCCAAGCCCGGUCCCCCAGCCGGAGUUUCUCAAGCUCGUGCCGGUGUGCAGGUAGCCCCCAGGCGGCAGCGUCGCCUAGAGAAGGCACCCACCGGAUCCGAGCCAGAUACGGAUGACAGCCCCAAGGCUACCGCGCCUGCUUCUCGAUCCAAGGUGGUGCCAUUAGCCCCGGCCAUGCACCCUGCAGCUGCCAACCCCGCCAACCACAGUAUCGCCGGUGGCCAAGGCGCAAGCCAGGAAUGGGAGUGGCUGACAAUGAGUCUUUAA